GCGCGGAAUUCUCUCACUCUCUCCAUCUUCAGUUAUUACUAGGUUCAUCAGAUCAAAUAUUACCGGCACGCCCAACUUGCGCAAAUUAAAAUUCAAUCGGAACGUCAGUUUUCAUAGCUAAAUGGAUUAAAGUACUCUUUUAAUGAGCGGUUACGUAAUUUUGUGUUCCAAACAAACCGGAAUUUUGAGAUGGAGGGCUUGGCACAGUGGAUGCAAUUCAAGAAGCCAAGUCCUGAGCUGUGCUGUGAUUGGUCUCUGCCAAACAACACACCUGCUGCUCAGAAAUGGGAUACUGCCAGUGAGACACCAUCAGACCUUAUAAUGGUGGGAGAGUUUUCAGAAUUAAAGGGUCCUAUCCCUCUAAUGACAUUCCCAAGUCUGAACCCUACCUGCAAGUUAAAACACUUCAAACAUAAACCAAAAGAAGAACUAACCUCUCCACUACACACUUGUCCCUCAUGUUGGAACAGGAACACAAGUAUAGAUCCUGUCCUUGGGGAUGUCUCUCAUGCAAAAUUUUGGGCAAAUUGUGAUUGUAAUGAAGAAAGUGGAAAUGUUGAUAAUUUUUUAGAGAAGAGUACAUUGAAGAAACAAGUUUUCAAAUGCAACAAGUGCCCUUGCUCCAUCAAAAUGAAGGCUAGUAAACCUUGUGUGUCCUGCAGUAGAAAUGAAUCAGCACAACAGGAGCAGUUAACUGACGAUGAAGAAGAUGAGAGUUUGGGGCACAGUUUUUGUCUCGAUGAUGACCCAUUUUAUUGCGGGAUUGAUCUCAAUGAUCUGGUGCUAAAACUUAUGUCAACUGACUACCAAAAUUUUGGGGGCGUGUUUAACUUGCCAAAAGACAGCGAGGUGAUAGAACUGGACCUGCAGAACCAGUUUACCGGCAUCAGCGCUGUAGUGAGAUAUGUGACUCUAUUUGAUAUACAUGCUCGUGGCUACGUGCGGCCACACUGCAUUGCAUACCUCACCUGGGACCAGGCCAAGAUUCAUACAAGUCUUGAUGUCAUAAGGUCACAUAUGAAGAAGGCUAGCGACUACUUGAAGAGCAGCAACUUGUGUUGGUUUGCUUGGGAGAGCAAGAAGCGUCUGGCUGACCUCCAAUACACCAAGCAACGAUACUUGAAAGCUCUUCAGAAUGCCAGAAAUAUUGGUGGUUCUUCCCAUCCGGGUGGUGUGGCUUCUGAUUCUAGGUGUGGUUCCUCUGGUCCUGAGACUGUGAGCCCUUUUUCUUCCCAUUGUGCUUCCGGUCCCGACGCCUGUGCUUCCGGUCCUAAUUGUGGUGCUUCCAGCCCCGACUUUGGUGCUUCCGGUCCUUAUUGUGGUGCUUCUGGCCCCGACUUUGGUGCUUCCGGUCCCGACCACAAUGCUUCCCAUCCCACUUGCAAUGCUUCUGGUCCUGUUUGUAACAAUCACAGCAGGACUUCAGGUUCCGUCCAUAAUUAUCUUGGCUCAUUCUGUGAGACUUCUUGCCCUACUGUUACUAUUCAUAAUUCUAAUGAUGAACAAAAUAGUAUUUCUGCCAAAUGUCCCUCUGACUGUGCGUCCAGCCCAACGACAGGUGCACCAAAAUUUACAGCAAAAACUAAGAGCCUAAGCCUCGAACAGUCGUUGAGAUGCAAAGCAGGUCUCGAAUCUGAGUCCUUGAGCCUUGGUCACGAUUCAGCUCGACCUGGGGCUGACCCAGACGUCCUGCAAACCAGCGUGGGAUCACAAGACCCUAGAUCCUGUGGCUCCUUUCGUGACCUGCCUGACGUCUGCAGUGGCAUAGAAAUUAUCGGUGAAGAAGUUCAUGUGCCUUCUGACUGGACUGAUGUAACUGAAGCAGAUUUCGCGAUCGCAGCAAAUAAGAAUCAAGCAAAAAAUUCAUUGAGUUAUAGUACACGUCAAGUCGGCAAUGAUCACUUUAUGCUGCAGAGGGAUACGGACGAGAAAUUGACUUCAGGUGUCUGGGACCGAGAGAACGGAAGAACAGGAACCGAAAUCAUCUCAAACCAUAUCCUUGCCGCGGAACCAGGUGAUGAUGGUCCAAAAACCGAGGAAUUGGCGGUUCCGGGAUCACAAAUUAAAGUUCCUCCUUCUGAAAUACUCUCUCCAAAACUAGGAUCCCCAGAAAAGUUUCCUAUUCACAGUAAAUUGUCUCACAACACUGAAAUUCCAGCGGAAAGAAAUCCGUCAUUAGAAAGAACGGAUAAUUUGUUACUGGAUCACUGCUCCCUUGAAGCCAUUGCCACUCAGCUCCUCGACACUCGAAGGAUCGUCUCAGUUGUAUGCAAACAUUUGGAGAGUCUCGUGGAGUUCACUGAAGUGAAGGAGCUCACUAAUCUCAUUGCAAAUGAAAUUGGUAGCCCGGUUCACAGAGCGGCCGAAGAGUGCGGCAUGUUGAAUCCUGCUUAUUGUGUUAUUCCGAGUGAAGAAGAGAACUGGUCGUCAGAUGACGCUAAAGAAUUCCCACUUCACCGGGAAGCAAGUUCUUUCUUAAAUAGUCAUCCUGUUCAAGAUGUGUCGGCAUUUUCAAAAGAAGUGAAAACGAAAUUUCCAUUGGGCAAUGAAAGUUUUUCCAGCAACGAUCAAAAGGAAAAUGUCAGUUUACCAAUUAAAGAUUCUCAAGGAAACUUCACUCAAAGUUGUCGCCGCUGCCGAGGUUCUGUUGUUGCUACUAAUUCAAAAAUUCACGGUUGUGGUAUCCCAGAACUCUAUUUCGGUAGUUCUGGGCGAAGGCGGUAUGAAAGCUUGCGGUGUAUGCGCGAUUUAUCAGGGUGCGGUUUUGUGGCGGCUCUUCUAGAACUCUCGGAGCUACAUUCCAUCCUGGCCAAGUCCAGUCUUGCUCUUGCCUUCGAAAUUGUGGACGAAGAUUGCUACCUUUAUGACCCAGGGAGUCUCUUCGUAGGCAAUGUGCCUGUCGUUAAUAUUGUAAAGUGCUCCUCGAAUGCGUCCAAUGAUGAAAGCGAAAAAAUGAAAUCCAAAGGGAAGUCUGAUUCGAUGGCGACCAAUCUCCACACUUCAUCUGGUAUCUCCAGAAGUUCUCGAACCCUUCCAGUCAAAGUCAAUUUGACACGUGGCAAAGCUGCGUCAAAAUCUUCGUCAGAUGCUCAAGUGAAAAUGUCAAAAAAUUCAAAUGAAUCUCCGAGUUUGUCUUGUUCAACUUUGGCGAAGAAAUUCAAGUUUAAAGCGUCCUUGUGUUACAAUGAAUCAAUAGUUGAUCAAAUACUCAACAUCUACGUGGAUAAAAAAGGUCUGGAGAAACCCUUGUUGGAAAACCAAGGCGACUGGGUCUUAAUAAAUGGCCGGCGAAUAGCACACGCUGAUUUUUCUCUCUCUCGAGCAGCGCCUCCUCUUCCUCACAAUCACAACACAAAACAAAAUAUAUCGCAAGCUUCAGAUUUCUUGCAGAAUAUUGACACCUCUGAUCCUGCUUCUUCAUCUCCCGACGUUAGCGGCCCUCUGUGCUUACUGAUGUCUGCCUCCACUCUGAGCAGCCACAGCGGUGGCACCGCCAGUAGCAGUUAUGAAACUGAUAAUAAAAUAGAAGAUAAUAUCAAAUCUCUUCCCGUCGAGGUGGCCAUUGCUGCCGAUGAAAGUUUCAUGACCAACUUAGGACUAAAUGCAAGCAAUGAGAUUAUUCAAAAUACUCAGUUAUUAACGCCAUCAUCGAACAACACUGAUAUUGUUCAAGAAGGGUCGCAUAAACAACGUCAUAAAAUAAUCGACCGUGCAUUAUCAACACCGGCAAGCUCUUCAUCCACUUGUGGAUGCCGCAUAAGUUCCGACACAAGCUGCGAGAGUAAAGUCAGGAGGUCGUCUUGUUGCUGUUGUAAGCAUUCUCAGGAGCCAAAAGUAAAGAAGAAAAAGAAGAAGAAAUAUCGUCGGCAUCCUAGGGUUGACAUCGACCAACGUAUGGCCACCGCCUACUACCACGAGCUAAGUGCUCUCCUCCUGAAAGUUCCUGGCAAGUCCAAAAACAAGCUUGCUCUGAGUAACGUCAGCCAGAGCCUGAUGGCCAGCCUCCUGAGUGGUCGGCGUCUCAUCGUGGCCGCGCGACCAGCUCAUCAGCGCGCUGCUAAGAUGGCAGUCACGGCCAUGGCUGCCGCCCUCCUGCCUGUUGCUCAGGACAACUUGCAUCCUAUCACCAAGUACCAUCGCGGCACCAUCACCUCUCAUCACCUCCGGCAGCAACCGUUGCUGGGGCUGUGCAUACCAGAGCGUCUUCUGCUGCACCAUCUCAUCGACUCCUGCACCAUGAGCAAAAUCACGACGGUGAAUUUAUCGAGUGGACACAUCUCCGGCGUGGCUUACUACGGUAACUUCAUCCGUGGCUUGGAUCAGUUCAUCCGACACUUCUGCCCUCGAGAAGCUGAUCCUCAGCAAGCCAUUCGCCAGUGGUUUGAUUCUACACUGCACCCAGCGUCUAUGUCUUAUCCUGUACCUGCACCUGAACUUGGUGAUGAACAAAGACCUAGUGACAGUGACGAAAGUUCAAGAAUAAACAGGAGAUUCGAACGAGCCGACUCAAGCCCAGAGGUCUUUGGACGGGUUCCCGGUCGUACUGUAACGGCCACGAGAGACACGUCGUCCGAAGGUGAUCAUUGUGCCCUUGAAUCAAAUAGCGAUAUUGUCGAUGUAAAUCAAAAGGCAAACGCAGUCGUUCGAUCCAUUUCGUCUCCUGAAAUGGCCCACGAUUUGUUCUGCGUUAACCCCAGCGGUAGAGGCGGAGCAUCGCUCCUUAACACAGCAUGUGAAGAUGAUGAUACUUCAACUAUUCCCCCAGGCGCUUCCGCUCUUGCAUCCUCUCAAACUUCAUAUCGUUUGACGCGAAGCUCUUCGUCUGCUGCAACAAACAUGCAUUUUUCUACUGAAGGUCCAUACGCUAGCUCGCGUUCAUCGUAUCGCGAUAUCGCCGCUAUGAGCGGUCAAGAAAUAUUUCCCAGUGCUUCCAUUCCAGCAGAAACUACAGCAAAAUCUUCCGUUAACACUGGAUCUUUUAGAGGCGAGUCGCCAUCAGUCAACGGAGCUAUUUCAGUGUAUGGCAACCGCUAUGCUUCCAUGGAGACUUUCCGGCGAGGAUCUGUCACAAGCGAAACCAUCCCCCUGUAUGGCAACAGUGAUGCUCCUCUACAAACAUUCCUGCAAAGCUUGCUCGUUAAGUUAGGCGUGCAAGUUUUCCUCUAUUUCCACGUGAGUGGGAACAGUACAUUUAGUCCCAGCCAGCUCAUGCAUGUUCUUGACGUGCGAGAGCGAAAUGACAUGCAAAUCCUUGAGUAUCUCACCUCCAUUGUGUCGCGGCAAUUGGAUCUGGCCGACGUACAAGUUGAGUAUUUACCCUGAAUCAUACGCAGAAUAGUCCUCGUUCCGCUGAUUCCUUGAAUCAGCGAAUAUUCCUCGUUCCGCCCUCUUGCCAAUUUUUGAACCGAAACGGAUAGACUUUGUCUUCUUUGUCUUAUGCGCAGUUCCUGUCUGUAAUAGAUUUAUAUUGUAACGCCUCGCUAUUAUGGACGAAGCAGAAGACGAGGCGAAGUGAGUUAAGCAACUAUACGAGUGCGCGCUAUUGCCUGACCUGAAACUCGGAUGAAUUGACUAACGCUUUAUUCGGUCAUUUCUUUUCUCUAUCGUGGCGUAAAGUGGCUUAGUUAUUUUCAAUUCCCAUCACUUUUAAUUACUAACUACAAACUAAAAAGCAAAUUCAAAUUCAUUUUAAUAUUUUAUCUCAUGCUUUGUUUUUAUUUGUU